UGCCUGUGUCCUCUCCUGUCAGUGCCAUGGGAACAUGCUGUGACCUCACACAGUGACAUUGUGGGAACAUGCAGGGGGCAGGUGAGACAUAGGAUCCUGGAGCUCCUGUAGUCAGGACCUGAUAAGAGUUUUGCACGUGCACCUCCUAAGAGCCAAGCCCCAGUGUCUCAGUCACUCUACCCAGUGAGAAGUAAUUCUUGACAGGGUCUGAGUAGGCAGGAUAUUCUUAGACCACAAGGUUCUGCCUAGCAUUUCUGCAGUUAGAGCAGAAAACAAUCCAGGAGAAGGCAGGCAGCUGCAGCUCUGAGAGAAAUCCACAGCAAAGGAGAGAGCAACGGACUGGGAAAGAAAGAAAGAACCAAAGAAAAAGCACCUAGAAGCCUGCCCGAUUUCCAGGACUGACAGAGAUGGCCCACAGAAACAAGGGCGCAACUUCCAAGUCCAGCCACUCCAAGAAGAAGCCUGCGGAAGAACCAGUAAUUACAAGCCCCAGCAUGGACUCCCUGGGUUUCCAAGCUAUGGAUAGCAAUGUCCCUGGUCUGUCGCAGGUCAUCCUGAAGAAGCUCAACAUGAAGAGCUAUGAUGAAUACAAGUCUGCCAUGGAUGGGAAGAAGCUGGGGAUGGAUUUUGGGAUCCGGACUUAUUUCGACAUGUUUCAAAAAAUGGAGGACACCUUCAAAUUCUGUGCUGAGUGCAAGAAACUCCCCGAUGCCCUCCCUGACCCCAGAAGCCUCCGGCGAUGCAAAAGGUGCCAGAACGUGUAUUACUGCAACUCAGAGUGCCAACGGGCCAACUGGCCUGUGCACAAGAAAUUGUGUAAGAAGCUGAGGUUGGUAGCUCUUGACCGGCUGGUAGAAUGGCUUGUCUUCACAGGUGACAUCCCAUUCCCCACGGCAACCUGGACAAAGCGCAUACAGGAGGUGAAAAGUUGGGAAGACUGGUUCUCGAUGCAGGAGCACCUGGAAGAAAAGCUGAGCGCUAUACUGACCGGGCGUUAUAUGAACAUCCUCUGGGCCAACGUGGGGAAGCCAAAGCCAGAGGAGGGAGAGCUGCUGGAGUCUGUCAAACGGCUGACCACAGACUUCCAGUCCAGGCCGAUUACCAUCGGCUUGGGGCUGCACGCUUUCGACAUUGAUCUCUAUACCAAGCCUGUCACAGUGCAUGUCAUAGGGGCUUCCCAUAUUGAGACCCUCAACACCCGGGUGACGGAUUAUGAUGAGCUGACGCGGGUGUUUCCUGGGCACCAGGGCAUGGAGGUAGUAAUGGUGGGAGUCAAUGUGGUAGAUGGACCCAUCAUGAGGCCUCCGCUGACAGCGUUCGGACCCAGGGGAAGAGUCUAUCUCAGCAGCUACAAGGCCCUUUAUCCUGACUUCUGGGAAUCCCAGGUGGAGACUCAUCAGGCUGCCCGCCCAGACCUUGUGAUGGGCUUUCAUCCAGGAUUCCAUGCCUGCCUGGAUGUGAUGGAAGGCUGGCUCCCCACACUGCUGCUGCUGCGGGACUACAAGAUCCCCACCCUCUUCACCGUCUACAACGAGCAGGAGCUGAAGUACUCCCUGAAAAUCCUGACAGAGCUGGAGACCCAGAUCACAGGCUACGGAGCCAAUCCCUUCGCUUCUCUCAAGCCGGAGCAGGCCUAUUCCAACCCCAACAAGUCACCCGUCUACUGCAGCGCCUACUACAUCAUGUGCCACGGGCUGGCUGGCACCCCGCAUGAGCCAGACAUGGAGGGGUUAGAGAGGGCUGAGGACAGAGGGGAGUAGAGAGGAGACACCUUUGCUGUACGUGCUGUCAGCUACUGCUACCUCCCCAGCCAGCGUGCAGGGCUCCUCCUGAGUCCCUCCUCACCACGCUCCCAGCCAGCACUGGACAGGGAAGCUCCAUGCUCAAGCCCAGGCAGGAGAGCUGCUUGCUUGGGCUGUGCAGUGCAGGGGACCUGGGAGGUGGGUGGGCUUUUUCCAGGGGGCUAUAAAUCGUACUUCAGAUAGUGCCCCCUGCUGGACAGAGCUGUGUGUUACAGUGAUGCAUCAGCAACAUGGAAGAGGAUCCUUCCAGGUAAUAAAUAUCACCAGGGCCUUGCUCUCCUAUAGUGCUAGCUAGUAGCAGAUCUCAGAGGAGGCCGGGAUCAUAAAGCAUGUAGUUACUGGGGCAGCAUCCUGACUGCCGGUGCCAGCGUUUGGGGAUCCAAACGCCAGUGCCUGGUGUCAGCUCCCCAGCUGCUACCUUAGCCCACAGGUGAGAACGCCCAUCUCAGCUCAGCAGGGGGCUCUGGGAAAAGGCUCCCAACCUGCCCCGGCACCCGGCGUGCAAACAAGCACUUGCCCCCACUCAGCCAAGAGCCACCGUCUUUGGGGCUCGGGCCCAAGUUACA